GAUAUAGCUAUGAACUAUGAAGCAUAAGACCUGCAUUCACGUCACUAGUGCAAACGAAGCAACAAGACGCGAACCUAUUUCUUCCGUUCUUCAUGGCGUAGCCUCUUGUUAUGAUGGCGAAGUGAAAGUAUGUCCAGAAUACGAGUUACCUGGAAGUCAUGCUUCAUCCCAGCGUAAUAAAAAGAAACACACAUAUAAUGAGGCUUUGCGCGAAGAUGUAAUGUAUGGUAUUGUUUCGACAGGGGUCGACUGGGUCAUAAUUAAGUUAGUUACUACUACUGGCGAAUAUAACGAUAGCGAUAAUGGGAAUGUCGAGGUAUUAUUGAGUUCGCGAACACCAUUUGCUUUUCCCAUUAAUGAGAGUGUAUUCGAUAAAGUCUUGCUUGAAAAACUCAAGAACUUGUUCGGGCAAAUUAAUGGGUGUUUGGUCGCCAGAUUGAAUCGCAGGAAUCAUUGAAGCGGGUAAAAACAGAAAAUAAAUAAGAUAGUCAUAUCUUUUUCGAAAAAAAAUAUCGUAUGUAUAGACAUUAGAAUAGAAAAAAAAAUUCGUCAUGUAUCGCGGGCUACGUCCCGAACCUUUGUAUUUAUUUUUGCAUGUAUUAAUAAAAAAUUUUCUUGGCAAAA